UCAGAGUUUGUUUGAGUGUAAAAUAAAGGAGCAUAAAAUCUGUAGCAUGAGCGACAACAAACGAACAACGGAGCGUGGCGGAAAUUUGCCCCAUCCCAGCGAGAGCGAAAACGAAAGCGAGGAUGAGGCAGCCAUGCAGGCCGCACUACGUGAAAUGGUUAAGAUACCAGAUAUUGAGCCGCGGCAGACUCGAACGAGCCAUCGUGAAGAGCCACGCCAUAUUGCAAGCCAGAUAGAUAAUCUUAAAAAGAACGCGUCGCCAGAAACGAAAGAUAGGUGGGUCAAGAAUGUGUCCGAUGUGGGACUUCAAUCGGGAACCUCGGCGCUAAUUGGCGACAAAGACGUUAGGGCAUUGCGCACGCACAGGCAGAAGACACAGGAAGACAAGCCAAAGCAUUCGGAGAAGGUGAGGGUAGCCCACGAUGAGGUUCCCAAGCAGUCGGAAACUUGGGGAGAUAGGCUCAAGAAAAAAGGAACCGAAGAAUCUCCCAAGCGGUCCGAGACUUGGGCAGAUAAACUCAAGAAGGGCAGCGCCGAGCUAGCAGCUAAGCCCUCGACAAAUAUGCACAAAAAGAAGGACACCGAGGAGACAUCCAAGCAGUCAGAGACUUGGGCUGAUAAGCUUAAGAAGCGAACCCCGGAAGUACCCAAGCAAUCCGAGACUUGGGGAGACAAGCUGAAGAAGAAGGCCAGCGAAGCAAUACCCAAGCAGAAUGACACCUGGGCCGACAGGCUCAAAACGUCAGAUGCAAGCAAAAAUGUGAUGCAACCAGUUUACGUUCAGAUUACUUCCCUAGCGGAGCUGCCGGAGCAGAUAACGACAGAAGAGCAGCAAAGAUUGCAGCGCAUUGAGGCUGCCUCCAAGCCCAAAUCCUAUUAUCAGGCCAAGGCACAGAACGAAGCAGAGCUCGUAAUUCGCAGCCAAACGCCAGUCAAGGUGGCAUCCCCGGCGUCCACCGAGUUGGUGGCAGUCAAGUCCUUGCCAGCAGCCCAGCCAGCUGAGCAGGAACGACAACCGGGUUCCAUAAACAUUCUGACGGUGCCAAUUCGACGGGCUCUGAACUACGAGCCAGGCGAUGUACAGCCGACCAGUGAAGACAUGUUAACGCCAAGGCAACAAGAGCAAAAGCCAAGCAUUUUUAAUAAUAUACCCCAAUUCGGUCGAGAUAAACAGGGCGCAACUGAACCAGUUGCCACGAGCGUUGCCACGAGUGCAGCUGGUCAGCUAGAGUCUGCCGAUCCGAAGGAUAAGAAGACCUCAGCCGCUAAUUUUUUUGCUAAUUCGCCUUCGUUCAGUAGAGCUAGACCAGCGAAAAAUGAAGCUGCGUCGACUGCGGAGGCAAUGGACACCAAUUUAGCUCAAGAGUCUGCGACUAACUUCACCAAUUCAGACGCGGCCCAAGAUACGGUGAACUCCUUAAUAGAAAAGACAUCCGCUGCGCUUCUUAGCCAUAUAAAUAUACUCGGGCGAGCUGUUAAAGCUGUUAAUCAAGCCCGAACAGCAUCUGCUGAGCCCGCGGCCAACGGUUCAGAUAAUCUCGGAGAAGCUGCCGAUGACAGUACAGUUUCACAGACCACAGCACCAACUGCCUUUUUUCGCAGUUUGCCAUUUUUCGGACGAGCUCAAACAGCCCCGAACUCCAGUCCAGCGCCCGAGGAAUUGGCAGACCCAAUGGAGACCUCCGUAAAAGCAUCUCCAACUAAACCGCCAGGGUCUGCGGAGGUGGUAGCCAACAAGUCCGAAACAACAGGCGCAGCUGGCAGUUCGGCCAAUCGGGCUGGUAAUGUGCCCGAAGAGACAGUUUCCUCAACUAAUCCAGCAGCUGGCACCGAAAAAACUGCAAUGGAGCCAGCAGCAACAUUUUUUUCGCGUUUGCCACACUUUGGACGAGCUAGACUCGUGUCAAGUGAAAAGCCAGAGACUACCAGAGCAGAGCCAGACGACCCAAAAGCUGAUGGGGUCAUUUCAAUGGAUGCAAUUGCUCCUAAUCUUCGCCUGGAAACGCCAGCUGUUAAGGAGAUGACUCCAACUACAAGUGUACCUCAAUUAAUAACUGGAAGCCUGGUUAAAAGUGAGGACAUGGCGGAAGAUAUCCAAGCAGUUGGUGACUCAAACUCCGCUCUUGCAAUUACCGACACCAUCAGCUCGAGCUGUGUGCGUGCCCGUGCGCCCAAAGAGGCUGGUGCUGCACUGCGUCAGGUGGUUACCGCUAGCCAGGUGCCACCCAUUCCAUAUGCCGCUGGCAAGACUUCAGUUAGUCCAGGCUUUACGCCUUCUACAACAAUGCCGCCAGCCGAGGAGCAGGGUUCGGACAAGGCCAGAGCUGAAGUUGCCGAUUUGCCCGACAAGAAUUCCUUGACAAGCAACUUGAUGCGUUACCUGUUUCCGGGAUCACAGGAUACUGUGGCUGAGCCUAACCUGGCCAAAGAUGCGGUGCAUCCAUUGACGGAGAACAGUCGCAUGCCGAGCGAGGUGAUUGUUGUGGAUAAAGUGGAUAAGGUCAGGGAUAAGGAGGAGGAGAAGAAGACCGGCCAGCUGGAGCACUCGGAAUCGAUGCGCACCCUGACAAUAAUUGGACGACACUCGCACAUAACGACCACCUAUCGGGAUCACUGCCACUACGAGCGUCACGGCGAGGGCAUGGACAAGAGGGCCAGGCGCAAGCUGAUCGUGGCCAGCAUCCUGUGCCUAUCCUUUAUGAUUUGCGAGAUCAUUGGCGGCAUACUCUCACGCAGCCUGGCCAUAGCCACAGAUGCCGCUCAUCUCUUGACCGAUCUGGCGGGCUUCCUCAUUUCGCUGUUCGCCCUCUAUCUGAGCGCCCGCCCCUCGACGCAGCGCUUGAAUUUUGGCUGGUAUCGCGCCGAGGUGAUUGGCGCCAUGCUCUCCGUCUACUUCAUCUGGGUGAUUACGGGCAUACUUGUCUGGCUGGCCGUGGACAGACUGAUCACGGGCAAACACGAUGUGAACGCCAGCAUAAUGUUGAUUACCUCCGCCUUGGCAAUUGUUGUCAAUUUCAUUAUGGCCAUCCAAUUGGGCCAUGGUCAUUCGCAUGGCGGACACUCGUCCGCGCAGGCCAAUCGGGAGCCCCGGCUGCAUGCGCAUGCCUCCCACCAGACGGCCAUUGAGGACACCAGCAAGGCGCAACAUUUGAUGCCAGCCUCGGUGUCCAGACAAUGUACGGACCAUCCUACUGAGAACAUAAAUGUGAGAGCCGCUUAUAUCCAUGUGGUUGGCGAUAUAAUUCAGAGCUUUGGCGUCUUUCUGGCCGCCUGCAUUAUUUUCUUUAAGCCCGAAUGGGCGUUUGUCGAUUCCAUUUGCACGUUUGUCUUUUCGUUUAUUGUCCUGCUGGUCACGCUGCGCAUCCUUAGGGAUGUCAUGAUGGUGCUCAUGGAGGCCACGCCCGAUUAUAUGGACUAUGGCGAGGUGCAGCGCACAUUCCUUAGCAUCGAAGGAGUCGAGCAUGUCCACAAUUUACGCAUCUGGGCGCUGAGCAUCAACAAGAUAGCGCUCUCCGCCCAUUUGGCCAUCAGCAAGGAUGCCGAUCCUCAGAUCAUUCUGGAGAAGGCCACCACCUUGAUUCACAAGCGUUACAACUUCUUUGAGACCACCAUACAGAUCGAGGAGUACACUCCGGGCAUGGAGGACUGCAACCAAUGCAUGACUCCGCUUACCAGGCCAUCGCUAAAGGAAGCACCUGUCGCAGCUGCCGCCAAGUCCAAUAGGAACAGCAAGCAAGGUGAUUAUGAAGAUUCACAGCGGAGCAGCAUGCUGAGUGACUAUGAGGAUUCAAAGAAGAGCAACAAGCGAAGCGGCGAUGAAGAUUUCAAGAGGAGCAGCAAGCGAAACGGCGAUGAGGGAUCAAAGAGGAGCAGCAAGCAAAGUGGAAAUGAGGAUACAAAAAAGAGCAGCAAGCAAAAUGGAAAUGAAGAUUCAAACAAUGGGGAACCACCAAGGUCGUCGCAGGGAAAGAUAAAAAGUGGAGCUAGAUCUUCUACCUAAUUUGUCUUUAAACGGAUUUUUGUGCUGUAUUUAAACGAUUUAGUGAUUUUUUAUGAUAAAGAAAUUUGUAGCUGCAGUUAAAAUGGAACCAGUAAUAGACUUAA